CCUGGAUGAGGAAAAGAGGAGAGCCAGAGAAGGUGACAGCCCUGCAUUGGCCCAGGGGAUGCUCCAAUACUGCUCAGGCCCAGACUCCAGCAUCCUCCAUACUUCCUACCACCUUCUCCACAGCCCUCACCAGCCCGGGCUCGGCCGCACCUGGAGAUGCUCCUGAAAACGAAUUGGCAGAAUCUGGGCCAUGGCGCUGUCGGGGGGUAUGGUCUCCUCCUGUCACUGGGGCUGCGGGGCAGUGGCUGCCCGGGCUCUCCAAGGGAGAGGAGGAGAAGGGGAGGGGGAAGGCUGGGCUCGGCAGGAUCCUCUCCGGGGACGCAGGAAACUGGCAGGCGGACGAAACAGCUCGGGUCGGGGGCGGAGGCUCCAGGGGCCAGGAGAGCCGCAAUGGCGGAACCGGGCGCAGCGCAGACUCCGGAAACGGCUGAGCCCCGCGGAUGGAUCCCGGAGACAGAACUCCGCCCAGUCGCCUCACCCGCCCCCGCCUUAUGUACCCUUCCGAGGAGCGGCGCGCGCGGCGGGCGCAGGAAUUCCGGUCGCGGCGCGCGCAGACCCUCGCGUCCUGACGCGCAUGGGGAAACAGAGACACCCGAGGGACUACUUUUUAGACUCAUUUUCGCCAAGCUUCUUUUUCUCCCCCCACCGCGGCUUUUUUUUUUUUUUUUUUUUUCAUUUUGCCACAUCAUGCGACUCGGGGCGAACAACGUCACUUCCGUGGGCGCUUUAGGUCCCACCCACGUACUUCCAUGUGCACGUGAUGCUGAUGGGGAAGGGUCGGCUGGUUGCUGCCAGAAUGGAGCGUUCGUUCCAAGAAGUGCGGCGUCUUCAGGGAGUGAGGUGGCAGGUGGGCCACCUUGAGGCCUGGCGGGUGCCGAUUC